AUGGAGCAAGAUAAAUAUUUAUAUUUUACCCUGUUCCUACUGCUGUAUGUUUUAACCAUCACUGUCAAUACCGCCUUAAUUGGAGCUAUUUGUAGAGAUCGCUUUUUACAUGAACCAAUGUAUAUUUUCAUUUGCAAUUUGUCAGUGAAUGCAAUCUAUGGAAGCACUGCUUUGUUACCACAUGUGAUGAGCAAGCUGAUCUCACAGUCAUACAACAUCUCUUUAGCAGAAUGUGCAGCUCAGAUAUUUUGUUUGCACACUUUUGCUAUAAAUGACCUAAUGAUUCUUUCCAUCAUGGGUUAUGAUAGAUAUGCUGCUAUAUGUAACCCCUUACACUAUCAUUAUAAAAUGUCUCCUAGCAAGGUUAAAUUCCUUUUGAUUGUCUUUUCUUACGUUCAGAUUCUCAGAGUCUGUUUGCGUGCAUCCAACGAGUGUAAGAAGAAAGCGUUUCAAACAUGCCUGCCGCACUUAGUUACUGUCAUCAUAUAUUCUAUUGGAUUGUGUUUUGAAAUAAUCCUGGGACGUCUAGAGAAAAAUGCAGUGCCACAUGGCGUUAAAGUAUUCAUGUCACUUUAUUUCUUGAUAAUGUCACCACUGUUAAAUCCUGUGGUGUAUGGUGCAGGGGUUUUGAAGAUAUAUAUUAAUGUGAAGGUCUCGCCUCAGAGAUGA